AUUUAAUCAGACGAAUAAAUAAUUUAAUUAAUAACAAUAACAAAGGAGUAAACGAAAAAUAAUAAUAACGUAGUGCCAUAAACUCGGAGAUAUCAUCAAUCGGAUAAAAUGGAUUUCUACACAAAUAAACCCAAAAAUGUUGAUGUUCGCAAAAUGGACACACAACUUGUGUGGGCCCGUGAUCCCGUCGAGGGUUAUAUCCAGUGCCGAAUAUCAGAAAUUGGUGCUAAGGAUUUUGAAGUGACACCUCUGGAUCGUAAAUACCCCAAACGAUCAUGUCACAUGGACGAUAUAUUCUCAUCGUGUGAUGGACCACAGGAUCACGAUGACAAUUGUGAAUUAAUGCUACUAAACGAAGCCACAUUUUUGGAUAAUUUAAAGACACGUUAUUACAAGGACAAAAUCUAUACAUAUGUGGCCAAUAUUUUAAUAGCCAUAAAUCCCUAUCGUGAAAUUACAGAUCUCUAUGCACCUGCAACUAUUAAAAAAUAUAAUGGACGUUCCUUGGGUGAAUUGCCGCCCCAUGUAUUUGCCAUAGCUGAUAAGGCUAUACGCGAUAUGCGCGUAUACAAAGAAUCCCAAUCGAUCAUUGUCUCUGGUGAAUCUGGAGCUGGUAAAACAGAAUCAACAAAAUAUCUAUUGAAAUAUUUGUGUCAUUCGCAUGACAGUGCCGGUCCCAUAGAGCAAAAAAUCUUAGAUGCCAAUCCUGUCCUGGAAGCCUUCGGUAAUGCCAAAACAACACGCAACAACAAUUCAUCACGUUUUGGUAAAUUCAUUGAAGUUCACUACGAUGCUAAAUGUCAAGUGGUCGGUGGUUAUAUUUCCCAUUAUCUGCUCGAGAAAAGUCGUAUCUGUUCUCAAAGCGCUGAGGAACGUAACUAUCAUGUAUUCUAUAUGCUCUUGGCUGGAGCGCCACAACAAUUGCGUGAUAAAUUAAGCUUAGGCAAACCAGAUGAUUAUCGGUAUCUCUCCGGCUGUACACAGUAUUUUGCCAAUGGCAAAACUGAACAACUAAUACCAUCGACACAGAAAUCGGCUUCACAUCUGAAAAAUGGACCACUUAAGGAUCCCAUUAUUGAUGAUUAUAAUCAUUUCCAAAAUUUGGACAAAGCACUAGGGCGUCUUGGUUUGAGUGAAGUACAAAAAUUAGAAAUUUACUCUUUGGUUGCAGCUGUACUGCAUUUGGGCAAUAUUUCCUUUGAAGAGAUACCCGAUGAUGUGCGUGGAGGUUGUCAGGUUUCUCAGUCAUCCGAAAAAUCAUUGACCACAACAUGUCGUUUGCUGGGUGUGGAUCCAGAUGAGUUAAGGCAGGCGUUGGUUUCCAGAGUAAUGCAAAGCAAAGGAGGCGGUUUCAAGGGGACAGUGAUAAUGGUACCUCUUAAAAUCUAUGAAGCAUCAAAUGCACGCGAUGCCUUGGCCAAGGCCAUUUACAGCCGUCUCUUCGAUCGCAUUGUGGCUUUAAUCAAUCAAAGCAUACCCUUCCAAGCGUCCAACUUCUACAUUGGCGUUUUAGAUAUUGCUGGUUUUGAAUAUUUCACUGUGAAUUCCUUUGAACAGUUCUGUAUUAAUUACUGUAAUGAAAAGUUGCAGAAAUUCUUUAACGACAACAUUUUGAAAAAUGAACAAGAAUUGUACAAACGUGAAGGUCUUAAUGUUCCUGAGAUUACCUUUACCGAUAAUCAAGAUAUUAUUGAUCUUAUUGAAAACAAAUCAAACGGUAUCUUCACCUUAUUGGACGAGGAAAGUAAACUGCCAAAACCUGCAGCUGUACAUUUUACCACCGAAGUACAUAAGGCAUGGUCAAAUCAUUUCCGUUUGGGCUUGCCGCGGUCAUCGCGUCUCAAGGCUCAUCGUACGCUGCGCGAUGAGGAAGGUUUCUUGGUGCGUCACUUUGCCGGAGCUGUGUGCUAUAAUACUGAACAAUUUAUUGAGAAAAAUAAUGAUGCUCUGCAUGCAUCUCUCGAGGGUUUGGUUCAAGAAUGUGAAAAUCCUCUUUUGAAAUCAUUGUUUUCCUCGGGAACAACAUCUGUGAGAGGCAAAUUAAAUUUCAUUUCUGUUGGUUCGAAGUUUAAAACACAAUUGGCUGAAUUAAUGGAAAAACUGGAAAAGAAUGGCACCAAUUUUAUACGUUGCAUUAAGCCCAAUAGCAAAAUGAUUGACCGCGAAUUUGAAGGCGGUCUGGCCUUGGCACAACUGAAAUGUUCUGGUACGAUUUCCGUAUUGGAAUUAAUGGAACAUGGUUAUCCAUCACGUGUACCAUUUUCCGAUCUCUAUAAUAUGUAUAAAUCAUUCUUGCCACCUGAAUUAGCAAAACUGCCAGCUCGUACCUUCUGCGAGGCUAUGUUGCAAUCUUUGAACUUAAGUUCCAAAGAUUUUAAAUUUGGUAUAACCAAGGUAUUUUUCCGGCCCGGCAAAUUUGUAGAAUUUGAUCGCAUUAUGAAAUCGGAUCCAGAAAAUCUUUUGGCAAUUGUUGCCAAAGUUAAGAAAUGGCUGAUACGUUCUAGAUGGGUAAAAUCAACCUUGGGAGCAGUUUGUGUAAUAAAAUUACGCAAUCGCAUUAAAUAUCGUAAUAAAUGUGUUUUGGUCAUACAAAGCACGGUACGUGGCUUUUUGGCUCGCAAACAUCAUCGCCCCCGCUUCCAGGGUAUUUCUAAAAUCAAUAAAAUUCGUUCAAAUGCCGAAAAGACCAUUGAAAUUGCCGGUGGCUUGAAGAACGGUCGUGAAGUUAUUCUAAAUGAAGUGGCCGAAAUUGAACGUCAAAUUGAUGAAAGUAUACGCAAGAUUAAGAUGAACGAGAAAAUUGCUCCACGUGAAAUUGAUGGCAUGUACACAAAUAUUAUGGCGAAUAUGAAUAAGAUCACGGUGGAUUUGAAUAGUAAACUUAAGGAACAACAACAGGCUGAAGAGCAGGAGCGUUUGCGUAAGAUUCAAGAAGCUUUGGAAGCCGAACGUCGUGCUAAAGAGGAAGAAGAGCGACGUUUGCGUGAGGAAGAAGACAAUAAACGGCUCAAGGCAGAAAUGGAGUCUCGUCGCAAGGCUGAAGAAGUGCAACGUCUUAAACAAGAAGAAGAGGAUCGUAGAGCUGCUCUGGCACUACAGGCACAAUUAGAAAAAGAGGCAAUAGACGAUGCUAAAUAUCGACAACAAUUGGAACAAGAACGACGGGAUCAUGAAUUGGCAUUGAGAUUGGCUACUGAGUCCAAUGGACAAGUAGAAGACAGUCCGCCAAUGAUAAGAAAUGGUCAAACGGAUAUGUCGCCAGUGGGUCCAAAUAAACUGAUCAGUUUUACCAGAGAUGUUUCCGAAUUAGCAUCUCGUUAUUUAAGACAGAAAUCUGAAAAUGUUCGUGCUCAACAACAGGCUUUGGGAAAACAAAAAUACGAUUUAUCAAAAUGGAAAUAUUCGGAACUGCGUGAUGCAAUUAACACUUCCUGUGAUAUUGAAUUGCUUGAGGCUUGCCGUCAAGAAUUCCAUCGCCGCUUGAAGGUCUAUCAUGCAUGGAAGGCAAAGAACCGUAAACGUACCACCAUGGAUGAAAAUGAACGGGCCCCAAAGAGUGUUAUGGAAGCAGCUUCUAAGGCCCCGCCAUUGGUACAACCUAAACAAGAAAUUACAACUGCCCAGCAUCGUUAUUUCCGUAUACCGUUUAUGAGGGCCAAUGCUCCGGAAAAUACAAAACGUGGUUUGUGGUAUGCCCACUUUGAUGGUCAAUGGAUUGCCCGACAAAUGGAAUUACAUGCGGAUAAACCACCCAUUCUAUUGACAGCUGGUAUUGACGAUAUGCAAAUGUGUGAAUUAAGUUUAGAAGAGACCGGCUUAACCCGCAAACGUGGAGCGGAAAUUCUGGAACAUGAAUUUAAUCGUGAAUGGGAGAAACAUGGUGGCAAACCAUAUAAAAAUUUAGGUGCUAAAUAAAAAAUUCAAAAACUAAAAAAAAAUAUUUUUAAAAUUUAUUUUUUAGUGUAUUAUGAAAACAAAAAUUAAGACACAAACAUCCGUACAUAUGUAUUUCAAAUUUAUAAUUAAAAAUUAUAAAAUAAUAAAAAAACAAAUGGAAAUAUUACCACAUAACAGGAAAUCUAAAUUAAAUGAUAAGAAAACGAAUUACAAAUAAAAAGAAUCAUACGACAAAACAAAAAUCAAUCAAAGGGGGCAUUAAAUAUUUUUACACAUAAAACAGAAACAACAAUAAUACGUAGAUAGUAUACUUUAUGUAGACACCUAAAAAAACAUAAUCCUUCCAAUGACAACACGAAAAUAAUAAGAACAUAUGAAAUGAAUGUCUUUUAAUUCCUAAUACCAUUAAAGAAAUAACAAAAUUUAUACUAAAAAAUUGUAAACAAAAUAAAUUGAUAUUUUCCUCGUUAUGUAAAACCGGGCAUUCUUUAUUAGAUUAUUAUUUAUAAAAAGAAUUAAUCAUUUCAUUUCAAUUUACACUGUAUGUCUUGUAAGUAUUAUCAUUAAACAAUUUUACAUAUUUUUUUGUAAUAAUAAUAUUUUUGAAUAAUUUCCAAUAGUUUAUAUCUUAAAUAUGAUGCAAACAAAAAUAAAACAAAUCAAAAGUAAUUAAA